CACCCAUUGGUCGCCAGCAACACAAGUUUGUAAAAGCUUCCGGCACCGCUUCAUGAAGACAUGAGCGAUAAAGAUAAUAUUCGAUGUGGAGCACAUUAGUCAAACCUGUUGGGAUUAGACUGAGUGUAUGGCGAAGUUUGUUUACCAUGAGGCUGAAGACCAAGGAGUUCCAGUCUCUCUUCACUGAUGGGCUGAAUGGAAUAGCGGAGGUAUUUGAAAAGCACCAGCAUGAACUUCGUAUUGCCGGAGGUGCCGUGCGGGAUCUGCUUUCUGGGAAGCGACCUGAAGAUGUGGACUUUGCCACCACAGCCACUCCAGAAGAGAUGAAGUGCAUGUUUCAAGCUGCGGGGAUCAGGAUGAUCAACAAUAAAGGGGAGAAGCAUGGGACCAUUACCGCACGACUGCACAAUGAGAAUUUUGAGGUGACCACACUACGAGUGGAUGUUCAGACAGAUGGACGACAUGCAGAGGUAGAGUUCACCACCGACUGGCAGAAAGACGCUGAGCGGAGAGAUCUCACCAUCAACUCUAUGUUUCUAGGUCUUGAUGGAACUUUAUAUGACCAUUUCAAAGGCUAUGAAGACCUGCAGAACCAUAAAGUCCGGUUUGUCGGCAGCGCUGAACAGAGGAUAAAGGAAGACUAUCUGAGAAUAUUGAGAUAUUUUAGGUUUUAUGGAAGGGUGGCUUUAAAGCCUAAUGAGCAUGAUCCUGAGACUCUGGCUGCCAUUAGAACAAAUGGCAGAGGGCUGGCAGCUAUAUCAGGAGAGAGAAUCUGGGUGGAAUUAAAGAAGAUGGUGGUUGGUGACCAUGCUGCUCAUCUGCUGGAGCUCAUCUAUAAUCUGGACUUGGCUCAGUACAUAGGUUUGCCUCCAGAUGGUGACGUUGAUGAGAUGAAGCAGGUGUGGCAGAACGCCAAAGCUGAUUCCCCCAAACCCAUGACCAUCCUGGCUGCCCUGUUUCACAGCCCGGUGGACGUGGAGAAGAUGGACCUCCGACUGAAGGUGUCCAGAGAGGAGAAGACGCUGGCUCUGUUCCUGAUUAAAUACAGACGGGAGCUCUGUAAGGCCAGCGAAGAGCCGGACAGCCUCAAACCUUUCACUGAUUAUAUUAUUGAUAGCCGGGAGCCAGACUCUCAGAGCAAAGUGUGUGAGUUACUGAAGUAUCAAGGUGAGGAGAAGCUGCUGUCGGAGCUCCAGAGAUGGUCCGUCCCUCGCUUCCCCAUCAGCGGCCAUGAUCUCAGGAAGAUGGGCAUCACCUCAGGAAAGGAGAUCGGUGCCACUCUGCAGAACCUCCGUGACAUCUGGAAGAAGAGUCGGUACCAAAUGGACAAAGAUGAACUGCUGAGUCACGUGAAGCCAUAAAAAUUGGCCAAAUUAAACAAUCUUUUUUUUUUUUUUUUUAUGUUAAUUUAAGCUGCUUUGUUCAAAUUUUAUUU